UGGACAUUUUUUCAUUCAUUCGGCAUUCGAGAUUUGGGUUAAUAAUUGUAAAAUAAAUAACUUCUUAAAGUCUUAGAUUUUUAAAAUAAAAUUAUCUUUCCCCACUUGCCAGUAUAAAUUUUGUGUUUGGUUGAAAUUCAAUUUUUUUUUAGAUAUUUUUGGUUAGAAACUGAAUUAAAACUAAAUAAAUUUAAACGGCGCUUGGCCGUUCGUUAGCUACACAUAUGAGGCACGUUUACUUAAAAUUUGAGCCCUCCACCUUUUUUUUAUCUUCACGCACAAUCAGUUCAAAGAGCGCCAAUGUUGUCAGAAAAACCGAAGUCAUAAUUACUGUGACCGCAAGGGGUCACUGUAAGAGUUGUUGUUGUUGUCAGUUAAUUGUCAGAAGCGUAAACAAGAAACAAGUGUAAGUGAAAAUGAAACGUGUCCUUCGUUCUGAAAGUCAUCAUUGGCUUGUUGGAACUACAAUCAGUGAAAUUCUUGGUUCAAAACUCCCAAUCAAUCACCUUAUUUUAAAACGUUAUCUUUUUAUAAGAGAUAAUAGUUGUGGUCCAUUUACUUCUACUGUUCGAGCCAUCGCCAAGAUUAUAUACGAUGAGAUUAUUUCUCGAUUUUGGAAACCAUCUCGAAUUCCCACUAAGCCUGAGAAGUCAUGUUUAGAUCAAAUAGUAAAACUUGUUGGGAAAUAUGAGACUUUGAAGAAAAUCCCCAAUAAUCGUCUGAAUGAUACUAAACCACAAGAAAGGAUACAACAGUUUGUCGGUAAUCUCAAAUGUCUUUUUGAUAUUUCUCACCCCAACACCUACGGAUUGUUAGAACAAUCAGGAAACACCCGAUCUGAGUCACCAAACACUGAGUGGAAAAUUGAUUGGGAUUUUCUAAUUGGACAGCGUCAGGUACCUCAGGUGGGGUGUAUGGAUGGAGUGGACAAGAUAUUGGAUGCAAAAGAAAGACAGAGAAAGGAAAGAGAAGAUUUAAUUGAACAAAGAAAACAAAAAGAACUUGACAGAAUCGCUCAGACAACAGCAGCAGAUGACAGCAUAGAUUCUUCAACUGAUAGUGAAGGAAAAAACAUCGUAGACCUGGAUUCUUCAUUUGAACAUGAAAUGAACUUUACAAGUGAGACUGACGUAGUGCUACAAAGAGAUUUAAUCACUCCGACAUCGAGUGCUGCUUUAAGGAUGGGCCUCUCUACUCGGCAACACACAGUAAUGCUGGCUUCUUUCGUGAACUCGGUUAGUGGAUCAACUCUAUCUAAUGUAACGUUGUCUGUCGGAAGUGUUCAUCAAAAAAGAUCCAAAGAGAUCGAGAGAAUCGCAAAAGAAGUGCGACAAAGCUACAUACCUCCUCGACAUGUGUUCUAUCUUCUUCUGGAUUGGCACAAAAAGAUGCCUGUAUCCGCUUUGACCGAAUGGAACCUCCAAGAUAACGUCGUCGCAGCCGUUUACGACACAACCGCCAGUAAUUCUGGUGCGUAUAAUGGAGCUACUGUAUUAUUAGAACAGGAACUUGGACAUCCACUCCUGAAUUGUCCAUGUCGUAGACACAUUGCCGAAUGUCACAUUAAAAGAACUCAGAAGAAACUUGGUGGUCCAACAACAGGCCCGACAUACAAGCUUUUUUCAAGAUUCAAAGACGAUUACAAUAGUUUUCAACCACUUAUUUCUCCAGAAGAAUACCAGACUUUGGACUAUGAUGAACUGAAUCCAUUCAUGACCUCUCAAGCGAAUGAAGUGAAGGAGUGGGCGGGAAACUGCUUGAAAAACGAUGUGUUCCCUAGAGAAGACUACAAAGAGUUGUGUGAGCUCAUGGCCGUCUUCCUUGGAGCUGAUUUGUCAACUAAUCAAUUCAAAAUUCGCCGCCCUGGUGCCGAUCAUCACGCUCGCUUCAUGGCGAAGGCUAUUUAUUACCUUAAAAUACAUCUACUUCAAAAAUUGUUUCAUCUUCGCCCCAAAGAAGUGAAGGAAGUAAAGCGUAUGGCAAUUUACAUAGCUGUGUUUUAUGGCAAAUAUUUCCUUCAGUCAUCUUUAACGUCGUCAGCGCCUUUUAAUGAUCUACGAUUCCUUUGCUUUAUGCAUCAAUACUCCUUAGUCGAUAAAGAAGCUGCAAAAGAAACGAUUCACUCCAUCAAUUUGCAUUUGGAUUACUUGACACAAGAACUUGUGCCUCUUGCACUUUUUGAUCCGAACCUUACAGACGAAGAUAAAAACAAAUUAGCUCACACUCUUAUAUCAACGAGUAGACCAACUGAAUUCGCUGUAGGGAAGCCGAAGCCACCAACAAUAAAUUGGCGCCCAGAUGACCAACCCACUCUAUCAGACCUUAUUGGAGAAAGGUCAUGGCUUUUAUUUCAUUUAUUGAAACUGAACAAACGCCAAGAAUGGAUGAUGGUGCCUUGUAAUUUGUGGAUUCAUUUUGAAGACUUUCGAGUGGCGAAGGAAUUCGUUGACUCGUUAAUAACAGUUAACGAUUGCGCAGAGAGGGGCAUCAAGCUGAUUGGCGACUAUAAAGACAGUUGCUUUGAUAAAAAAGAAAGAGAGUCCCUUGCUCAGCUAGUUGAACAACACCGUUCCAAUUUCAGUAUCUCAAAUAUGAGUAAAGAAGCAAUGGAAAUGUUGUAAUAGUACAAAAACAAUACAAAUGUAC